CGAUCAACGAAACCGGCAGGCAACACCGAACAUGUGUUCUACCAGUAGUUCGAGUCUCAUCCCGUACGAAUUCAAAUCAACCGAACAACCAACGAUGUAUGCUGCCUGGGGAGGCAGUGGCAUGACUCAGGCUGCGUUUGAGUUUCAUCGUGCACAAAUGUACAACUAUAACAGUCGACUGCGAUACGCGGGGAUACCAGGCAUACCCACGGCGACAGCGCACGGAAUUUCACCAUACCUUCACCACCAUCCACACGGAGCUGAUACGUUCACGGCGUUGAUGGCUUUCAACAAAGUUGAUCCGAGGGCGAGACUGAUUCAUGAAGAGCCGAAACCGAGUCACAGCUACAUAGGACUUAUCGCUAUGGCUAUUUUAAAAUCCAAGGAUAGAAAAAUGGUUUUAAGCGACAUCUAUCAGUACAUUUUAGAUAACUAUCCGUAUUUCCGUGCAAGGGGACCAGGUUGGAGAAACAGCAUUCGACACAAUUUAUCUCUGAACGACUGCUUCGUAAAAGCGGGGCGAAGUGCAAAUGGCAAAGGCCACUAUUGGGCGAUCCAUCCAGCUAAUAUAGACGACUUCACGAAGGGUGAUUUUCGCCGACGCCGGGCUCAACGGAAAGUGAGAAAGCACAUGGGGUUAUCUGUGCCAGACGACGAAGACAGUCCCAGUCCGCCACCAGUAACAUCUGCCCAAAUGAAAUGGGUGAACCCGUCGUUCUUGCACAGUGGUGUAAGUUCGAUCGGUGAAAAUGCUGCCACGAUUACCGGUCACCUACACCAGCCAACAAAAAAGAGACUAUUCGACGUUGAGUCACUACUAGCACCCGAGACGAACGAAAACAAGGACAAAUCGGCUGACGAAGACGACGAGGUUGAGGAUUGCAAAGACACACUUGAACAUGACCUGAAGGCGGCACAGAUUGAAAGAAAUCAACCAAAUACUGAAACCGCAGAAAGAAUAUCUGAAUUCAAGUCCGAGGAAAGAUCCAGCCCGAACACUGAAACUUGCCAUUCACCCACUGCCAAGAACUUACGACAAUCGCCCCAAACUAAUUUACGCAGCUCCUGGACAGCACCGACAUUACCGCCUAGGACGAAUGGCUGGCCGGGCAGCGCUUGGAGCAUUGUCACGCCGUCAACCAGGACAACGUACUCGGCGGGUAUCACGCCGAUCCCGUACGGUACCCCAACCCCAUCACCCGGAAUGGACACAGUGCAACAGUGGCAAGAGACAUUCUCGCGGAUAAUGGCCAAGUCUUACAGUAAGAAUUUGCAAGUAGAAUCUUAAAUUACCUGAGCUGACAAUAUUCUCAAAACGUGUGUUUUUAAAAAAAUAUGGUGCAUAUUUUUGUAGAGACUCAUUUAGAAAUAUCCAUACCAGAUUUAUAAGCACGUAUAUAAUGUAAUUUACUUAUAAAACGGCAGUCUUCACAUUUAUAUAAGUUUAUUUAUUAAUGCCUUUAGUACAUAAACUAAUGCAGUCAUUUUAUACCAAUGUAUCAGUCAUCGAAUUAUUUAAUCAAAUCAGAUUUGUUGUAAAAGAGAAAACUUAUAAAACACACGUAAUAUUAUUUGUAUGCAGAUAUAUAAAAAUAUUGUUUUUAUCAAAUUUUUUUUAGUUGUUAUGUGCAAAGUUGGGGAAUUACGAUGUUAAAUUAAUGCUUAUUGUACAUAGUGGUAUAUAGACAAAGUAAAAUAAGGCGCUUUCCUUUUUUUCUUGAAUAAUCUUCUUGUAGAGUAUAUUUUUAUCUAUUUUAAGUUUCAUGAUAUUCCUGUUGUUUCAAGCGAUUUCAAAAUAAGGAACGAAUUGCUGCUAUGGAGAUGGUAAAGACUUGUCAUUUCAUCCAGUACGGACAAACGUAAACACGAUCGACUCGAUUUAUCAGUCAACUGUGUUGACCGUGAACAUUUCUUUGCCCCUUAUUAUUGUAUCUGGAGUCAGUUUCUUCAUUCAUAAGAUACACAAUUUAUCUUAUUUAAAAACCCUAAUAAAAUUGAUAUAUGUAAGCAAA